UCGAGCUGAAUUGACGUGCGUUCACUGUUUAGUAGCUGCGCGGUGGGCAUAUCGUUUGGUUGUGGCUCCCACAACAAAAGAGUAGAAAAGUAGAAAAGAGUAGACGUAAAUCCUAUCUUUUUAUCUUAAUAGCCUUCCGUGUGUGAUAAACGAUUUAUGUUUUAGCCUAGUAGCUUCCACAAAUAAUCUGUCGCUACCUUCGCCUGACAAUGCAAAACGAUAACAAAAAUGAUUCGGUUGUGCCAACGACCAAGGCAAUAAUUGAUGACUACGAUCCUCACAUGCAUCGUAAAGUUAAGAAUCCAACCAACAACUGGCAAACCUUUGCGCACUUCCUGAAAGCUUCUGUCGGCACUGGAGUGCUGGCCAUGCCCAGCGCCUUCGCGCAUGCGGGCUACGUGAACGGACUUAUUCUGACAGCUGUCAUUGGACUGCUGGCUCUAUAUUGCCUGCACAUAUUGAUCAACAGCAUGUACAUACUCUGCAAGCGUCAGCGUGUGCCCUACAUCAGCUUUUCGGAGUCCAUGCGACUUGGCUUGCAAGAGGGUCCGCCUAUGCUGCGCUGCUUGGCUCCAAUUGCUGCUCCUUUUGUGGAUGGCUUCUUGGCCUUCUAUCACUUUGGCAUCUGCUGUGUCUAUGUGGUCUUCAUAGCGGAGAGCAUUAAGCAGCUGGUGGACGAGUAUCUCGUCGUCCUGGAUGUGCGUCUGCACAUGUGCUUCCUCAUCAUUCCGCUCAUGCUGAUCUUCAGUAUACGCAACUUGAAGCUGCUGGCGCCCUUCUCCAGUGCUGCCAACUUGUUGCUCUUUGUGGGCUUUGGCAUUGUGUUGUAUUAUAUAUUUGAGAACUUGCCGCCGCUCAGUGAACGCAAUGCAUUCGUGCAUUACUCAAAGCUGCCCACAUUCUUUGGCACUGUGCUCUUUGCUCUGGAGGCUGUGGGCGUGAUCUUAGCUAUAGAGGAGAACAUGGCCACGCCGCGUGCCUAUGUGCAGCCCUGCGGCAUCAUGAACUGGGGCAUGACCGUCGUCCUGAGCCUCUACAUAUUUCUAGGCUUCUUUGGCUAUUGGAAAUACGGCGAAGCUGCUUUGGGCAGUGUCACGCUCAAUAUACCCGAAACGGAGGUUCUCGCUCAGGUGGUCAAGAUCUUUUUCGCUGUGACCACAUACAUAUCCUAUGCGCUGCAGGGUUAUGUCACCGCGCACAUAUUGUGGGGUCAAUAUUUGAGCAAACGCAUUGCGAACACCAAAAAGCAUACGUUCUAUGAGCUGUGCUUUCGAGCGUUAAUUGUGCUGCUCACCUUUGGCUGCGCUGUUGCCAUACCGGAUCUGUCGCUCUUCCUCUCGCUGGUCGGCUCCUUCUGCCUGUCUGUGCUGGGCCUCAUCUUUCCGGCUCUGCUGCAGAUCUGCGUGCAAUACGCGACGGGCUAUGGACCUUGUGGCAUUAGACUCAUAGUCAAUCUGCUGCUGUUGCUCUUUGGCAUCUUUGGCGGCGUGGUGGGCACCUAUGUGAGCAUUGUGGACAUUAUCAACUCGCUGUCGGGCAAGCUAGCUUAGCUCCUACCAUUAAAUACUUUUACCAAUACUAAUACACAUAAUUGAGUUGC